GCGGGGAGCGGGAUCCAGGGAGCCGGGAGCCGGAGCCGGAGCCAGGAUGGGGGCGCCCGGGGAGCCCGGGCCGGCGGGCUGGGACCGCUGCAGGGUGGGCGCCCGGCUGCGCGCGGCGCUGGCAGGGCUGCGGGAGCUGCAGGGGCUGCGGGAGCGGCAGGAGGCGUUGGUGCGGGGCGCCCUGGCCGAGGGCCCCCUGCCCGCCCCCGGGCCCCCCGCCGCCCCCCGCGGGCCCCGCGGACAGGAGCAGCUGGAGGCGGCGCUGGCGGCGCUGCAGGAGCAGCUGCUCCGGCUGCGACGCCAGGACCUCGGCCUGAAAGCCCACCUGGACCAGCUGGACCAGCGGAUCAGCGAGCUGCAGCUCGACGUGCACAGGACGACCCCCGAGGGCCCCGAUGGCGACAGCCGGCCCAGCUCAGGCUUCUACGAGAUGAGCGAGGGCGGCUCCGGCUCCCUGUCUGCCUCCUGCACGUCCGUGUGCAGUGACCGCCCGUCCUGCUCCCUCGGCGCCCUGCCGCCCCGCACCCCCUCGGCCAGCGCCAGCCGGCCCCGGUCCGCCGACGAGACCACCCUGUGCGGGGCACCCCUGUCUGUGCGGGGGCUUCCGGCCCCUGAGGACGGGGCGGGCCCCUCCCGGCCCAGGCCCGUGUCCACAGGUGGCCUCGAGCGGGUCCUCCGGGCUGCGGCGGGGCCCCCGGCGGCCGGCAGCACCGCGUCCUCAGUGCUGCUCCGCCGCGGGCUGGGCCCCCUGCCCCCCCUGCUGGACCCCAAGUACCAGCGCGACCUGGUGUCCAAGGGGGGCGGGGAGGUGUACCUGUACCCCAGCCCCCUGCACGCCGUGGCUCUGCAGAGCCCCCUCUUCGCUCUGCCCACGGGGCCCCCGCAGCGGGACCGCCCCCCGCCUGCCCCAAGCCAGGCCCUUCCCGGCCCCUCGGCGCCAUGUCCCGCCUGGACGGGGCCGGCCCCCGAGCCCGGGGCGGCCCGAGCCUACAUAGACAAGCUGCUUGGAAGCCGUGUGGGGGAGCAGGGAGCCCCGUCCUGGAGACCCGAGACGGGGUGUCGCCCAGAGGGGCUGGCCUGCGCCCCCAGAAGAGCCGAUGUGGGAGGGAGGGCUCUGAGGGGGAGCACAGGUGGGGACAGCCUCGAGCAGCAGGGACCUGCGCCCCUGGGGAGCCCCCCGCCCCCCAGCAGCCUUCCGGAGGGGGGACAGAGACCUCCCCGAAGCUGCGUCUGUGCGGGCACCAUCCCGGGCUCCCCUCAGCUAGGGGGUGUACCCCGAGCCCAGCAGGCGGCUCCCACCGGCCGGGAGGGCCCCGCCAGGCUGCCCGCCAGGCCGGGCCGGGGGCCCCGGCUGCACCCCCCCUCUGUCGCCAGCAGCGCUGCCCCAACGGGGCCGCACAUGGGCCAGAGCCCCGGCCUGCCCACCACGAAGGCGGUGAAGAUGGGGAGGGCGGCCAGCAGCAAGGCGCCCAGGCCAGGGAGGCAGCCGCCCCCCGGGGGCGCCCUCCUGGCCCCCCAGCCGCCCCCCGCGUGGGGCGCUGGACUGAGGAGGAGGCCCCCCCAGGCCCGGGAGGCUCCCGGCCGCUCCUGCUCCGAGUGCAGCCUCUUCCCGGUGUCCCUCCUCGUCCCCGUGCCGGCGGCCGUCCGGGGAGGCCUCGGGGCGCCCGCCCAGGCCCCGGCCCCCCGGGAGGCGGCCCGGCACAGGCAGCGCAGGUGGCGGUCGUCCCUGGAGCUCUCGGCCCGCGCCCGCCUGCCCGGUGCCCAUGGCGGCGUCCGGGACACGGGGAGCCGGCCACAGCCCCCGGGCACCCCCGGCUCCCAGCCGCCCCCGUCCCCGGUGCCCCGGCUCUGCCGCAUCAAGGCCUCCAAGGCCCUGAAGAAGAAGAUCUGCCGGUUCCAGCCCACCACGCUGAAGGUCAUGACCCUGGUGUGAGGCCCGCUGAAGGUCAUGGCCCCGGGUGAGGCCCGCUGAAGGUCAUGGCCCCGGGUGAGGCCCGCUGAAGGUCAUGGCCCCGGGUGAGGCCCGCUGAAGGUCAUGGCCCCGGGUGAGGCCCAGCACCUGUGUUCCAGAAGCCAUCCCAAGGGAGGAGCGAGGAGGGGAGGGGGUGGCGGGCUCAGGGCCUCCCGGGCCGAGGACAAAGUCCAGCUGUCCGCCUGUUUACUACGCGGCUGUGGGUUCUCCGUGUUGUUGCCGAUCUGUGGUCUGAGGUUCCGCUUGUUAGAGUCACCGUCGUCCCAGGAGCUGAGGGAGGAGCAGGUGCCCGGCUGGCCAGGGCCAGGGCCCUCCCCGCCCGUCAGACGUCCAUGG